ACAAAAUUCACGCUAAAUUGGAUUUUAAAUGAUCUUCCUUUUAUUUAUCGUCUGUCUUUCUUAUGUGGAUAUGCAAGCGAGAAGACACGACUGGAUAUUCCCAACAUGCUCACUCCCUUAAUCUGUCCGUCUAGAGGUUUGGCUUCUACAAACCAAGGGAGUCGACGAGUUGAAGAUGAAGCCCAGAGCGGAGUGCUGUUCCCCCAAGUUCUGGCUGGUGCUGGCUGUCCUGGCCGUGUCAGGCAGCAGAGCUCGUUCUCAGAAGAGCCCGCCCAGCAUUGGCAUUGCCGUCAUCCUCGUGGGCACUUCAGACGAGGUGGCCAUCAAGGAUGCCCACGAGAAAGAUGAUUUCCACCAUCUCUCGGUGGUGCCCCGUGUGGAGCUGGUAGCCAUGAAUGAGACGGACCCAAAGAGCAUCAUAACCCGCAUCUGUGAUCUCAUGUCUGACCGGAAGGUCCAGGGGGUGGUGUUUGCUGACGACACAGACCAGGAAGCCAUCGCCCAGAUCCUUGACUUCAUUUCAGCCCAGACUCUCACCCCCAUCCUGGGUAUCCACGGGGGCUCCUCGAUGAUAAUGGCAGACAAGGAUGAAUCGUCAAUGUUCUUCCAGUUUGGCCCAUCGAUUGAACAACAAGCUUCCGUGAUGCUCAAUAUCAUGGAAGAGUAUGACUGGUACAUCUUCUCUAUCGUCACCACCUACUUCCCUGGCUACCAGGACUUUGUAAACAAGAUUCGCAGCACCAUCGAGAACAGCUUCGUGGGCUGGGAGUUAGAGGAAGUCCUCCUGCUGGACAUGUCCCUGGAUGAUGGAGAUUCUAAGAUCCAGAACCAGCUCAAGAAACUUCAAAGCCCCAUCAUUCUUCUUUAUUGUACUAAGGAAGAAGCCACCUACAUCUUUGAAGUGGCUAACUCAGUAGGGCUGACUGGCUACGGCUACACGUGGAUUGUGCCUAGUCUGGUGGCAGGGGACACAGACACAGUGCCCUCGGAGUUCCCCACCGGGCUUAUCUCUGUGUCCUAUGAUGAAUGGGACUAUGGCCUCCCUGCCCGAGUGAGGGAUGGAAUCGCCAUCAUCACCACCGCUGCUUCCGACAUGCUGUCCGAACACAGCUUCAUCCCUGAGCCCAAGAGCAGCUGUUACAACACCCACGAGAAGAGAAUCUACCAGUCCAAUAUGCUGAACAGGUAUCUGAUCAAUGUGACUUUUGAAGGGAGAAAUCUGUCCUUCAGUGAAGACGGCUACCAGAUGCACCCGAAACUGGUGAUCAUCCUUCUGAACAAGGAGAGGAAGUGGGAGAGGGUGGGGAAGUGGAAAGACAAGUCCCUGCAGAUGAAGUACUACGUGUGGCCCCGAAUGUGUCCUGAGACGGAAGAGCAGGAGGACGACCAUCUGAGCAUCGUAACGCUGGAGGAGGCCCCGUUCGUCAUUGUGGAAAGCGUGGACCCUCUGAGUGGAACUUGCAUGAGGAACACGGUGCCCUGCCAAAAGCGCAUCAUCUCUGAAAAUAAAACAGAUGAGGAGCCAGGUUACAUCAAAAAAUGCUGCAAGGGGUUCUGUAUUGACAUCCUUAAGAAAAUUUCUAAAUCUGUGAAGUUCACCUAUGAUCUUUAUCUGGUUACCAAUGGCAAGCAUGGGAAGAAAAUCAAUGGAACCUGGAAUGGUAUGAUUGGAGAGGUGGUCAUGAAGAGGGCCUACAUGGCAGUGGGGUCGCUGACCAUCAACGAGGAGCGGUCGGAGGUGGUCGACUUCUCCGUGCCCUUCAUAGAGACUGGCAUCAGUGUCAUGGUGUCACGCAGCAAUGGGACCGUCUCACCUUCUGCCUUCUUAGAGCCAUUCAGCGCCGACGUGUGGGUUAUGAUGUUCGUGAUGCUACUCAUCGUCUCGGCCGUGGCCGUCUUUGUCUUCGAGUACUUUAGCCCUGUGGGUUACAACAGGUGCCUCGCCGAUGGCAGGGAGCCGGGUGGCCCAUCUUUCACCAUCGGCAAAGCUAUUUGGUUACUGUGGGGUCUGGUGUUUAACAACUCCGUCCCCGUGCAGAACCCAAAGGGGACCACCUCCAAGAUCAUGGUGUCGGUGUGGGCCUUCUUUGCUGUCAUCUUCCUGGCCAGCUACACUGCCAACUUAGCUGCCUUCAUGAUCCAAGAGGAGUAUGUGGACCAGGUUUCCGGCCUGAGUGACAAAAAGUUCCAGAGACCUAAUGACUUCUCACCCCCUUUCCGCUUUGGUACUGUACCCAACGGCAGCACGGAGAGGAAUAUUCGCAAUAACUAUGCGGAAAUGCACGCCUACAUGGGGAAGUUCAACCAGAGGGGUGUGGACGAUGCAUUGCUCUCCCUGAAAACAGGGAAACUGGAUGCCUUCAUCUACGAUGCAGCAGUGCUGAACUACAUGGCAGGCAGAGACGAAGGCUGCAAGCUGGUGACCAUUGGCAGCGGGAAGGUCUUUGCUUCCACUGGUUAUGGCAUUGCCAUCCAGAAGGAUUCUGGAUGGAAGCGCCAGGUGGACCUUGCUAUCCUGCAGCUCUUCGGAGAUGGGGAGAUGGAGGAGCUGGAAGCUCUGUGGCUCACGGGCAUCUGCCACAAUGAGAAGAAUGAGGUCAUGAGCAGCCAGCUGGACAUUGACAACAUGGCGGGCGUCUUCUACAUGCUGGGGGCCGCCAUGGCUCUCAGCCUCAUCACCUUCAUUUGCGAACACCUCUUCUAUUGGCAGUUCAGGCACUGCUUUAUGGGUGUGUGUUCUGGCAAGCCUGGCAUGGUCUUCUCCAUCAGCAGAGGUAUCUACAGCUGCAUCCACGGGGUGGCCAUCGAGGAGCGCCAAUCCGUGAUGAAUUCCCCCACCGCGACCAUGAACAACACACACUCCAACAUCCUGCGUCUGCUCCGCACGGCCAAGAACAUGGCCAACCUGUCCGGCGUGAACGGCUCCCCACAGAGCGCCCUGGACUUCAUCCGCCGCGAGUCGUCCGUCUACGACAUCUCCGAGCACCGCCGCAGCUUCACACACUCUGACUGCAAAUCCUACAACAACCCGCCCUGCGAGGAGAACCUCUUCAGCGACUACAUCAGCGAGGUGGAGAGGACUUUCGGCAACCUGCAGCUGAAGGACAGCAACGCGUACCAGGACCCCCACCACCGGCCGCACAGCAUCGGCAGCGCCAGCUCCAUCGACGGGCUCUACGACUGCGACAACCCGCCCUUCACCACGCAGCCCAGGUCCCUCGGCAAGAAGCCCCUGGACAUCGGCCUCCCCUCCGCCAAGCACAGCCAGCUCAGCGACCUGUACGGCAAGUUCUCGUUCAAGAGCGACCGCUACGGCGGCCACGACGACCUGAUCCGCUCCGACGUGUCGGACAUCUCCACGCAUACGGUCACCUACGGCAACAUCGAGGGCAACGCGGCCAAGAGGCGGAAGCAGCAGUACAAGGACAGCCUGAAGAAGCGGCCGGCCUCGGCCAAGUCCCGCCGCGAGUUCGACGAGAUCGAGCUGGCCUACCGCCGCCGGCCGCCCCGCUCCCCCGACCACAAGCGCUACUUCAGGGACAAGGAGGGGCUGCGGGACUUCUACCUGGACCAGUUCCGCGCCAAGGAGACCUCGCCGCACUGGGAGCACGUGGACCUGACCGACAUCUACAAGGAGCGCGGCGAGGACUUCAAGCGCGACUCGGUCGGCGGGGGAGGGCCCUGCACCAACCGCGCGCACCUCAAGCACGCGCCGGGUGACAAGCACGGCGGAGUCGGCGGGGUCCCGGCCCCCUGGGAGAAGAACCUGGCCAACGUGGACUGGGAAGAGCGCUCCGGGGGCAACUUCUGCCGCAGCUGCCCGUCCAAGCUGCACAACUACUCGACGAGCGUGGCCGGGCAGAACUCGGGCCGGCAGGCGUGCAUCCGCUGCGAGGCGUGCAAGAAGGCCGGCAACCUGUACGACAUCAGCGAGGACAACUCCCUGCAGGAGCUGGACCAGCCGGCCGCCCCGGCGGCCGUGACGUCCAGCGCGUCCGCCGCCAAGUACCCCCAGAGCCCGACCAACUCCAAGGCGCAGAAGAAGACCCGGAACAAGCUGCGGCGCCAGCACUCCUACGACACCUUCGUGGACCUGCAGAAGGAGGAGGCCGCCCUGGCCCCGCGCAGCGUGAGCCUGAAAGACAAGGGCCGCUUCCUGGACGGCAGUCCCUACGCGCACAUGUUUGAGAUGCCGGCCGGCGAGAGCGCUUUCGGCAACGGCAAGGCGGCGGCGCCGGCCGCGGGACACCACCACCACGGCAACCAUGGCAACCACGGCAACCCCGGCGGCGGCGGCGGCGGCAGCUACAUGCUCAGCAAGUCGCUCUACCCCGACCGGGUCACGCAGAACCCUUUCAUCCCCACUUUCGGGGACGACCAGUGCUUGCUCCACGGCAGCAAAUCCUACUUCUUCAGGCAGCCCACGGUGGCAGGGGUGCCGAAGGCCAGGCCGGACUUCCGUGCCCUUGUCACCAACAAGCCGGUGGUGUCGGCCCUGCACGGGGCCGUACCAGGCCGUUUCCAGAAAGACAUCUGUAUAGGGAACCAGUCCAACCCCUGUGUGCCUAACAACAAAAACCCCAGGGCUUUCAAUGGCUCCAGCAAUGGGCAUGUGUAUGAGAAACUGUCUAGCAUUGAGUCUGAUGUCUGA